AUGGAUUUGGACCGGGGGGUAGAGCAGUUUGAUGCCGUCAUUAUCGAGACCACGGGCCUAGCGGACCCUGCUCCGGUGGCGCAGACCUUCUUCGUGGACGAUGAGAUACAGGCGAUGUACAAGCUGGACGGAAUCAUUACAGUGGUAGACUCCAAGCAUGUCAUGCAGCACCUUGACGAGAAAAAGCCUGAGGGCGUGGAGAACGAGGCUGUCGAACAGCUGGCAUUUGCGGAUCGUGUCUUGCUGAACAAGCUUGAUUUGGUCCCCGAUCUUGCGGAGCAAGCGAAGAUCGAGGCGCGCAUCAAGUCGAUCAACACAACUGCAGAAAUAUUUCGCUGCCAGUACUCCAAGGUGGACCCCAAGCACCUCUUGAACCUCAAUGCCUUCAGCUUGACUCGAGUUCUGGAGAUGGAUCCGGAGUUCCUAGAGGCAGAGGGGGCGGAUCACCAGCACGAUGACAGCGUGUCCAGCAUUGCUGUGCAGUUUCCAGGCGAGCUGAACAUUCUUAAGCUGGAGGAGUGGAUCAGCUACCUCAUCGGGGAUCCGGCAAGGGCCAACAACCUGUUCCGCUACAAGGGAGUCCUGGCUGUGAAGGGCCACGACAGGAAGUUUGUGUUCCAGGGAGUCCACAUGCUCUUUGCUGGUAGCUACUCGGAUGAUCACCUAUGGGGGCCUGAUGAGACCCGGGAAUGUCGCUUCGUGUUCAUUGGGAAGAACAUCGAUAAAGAGUCCUUGAGGGCUGGGUUCGAGGGAUGCAAGCAAGAUGAGAAGCUGCGGUUUGCUGUCGGCGACAAUGUCGAAGUGCAGACGAAGGAGGGAUGGAAGGAUGCAAAGGUGAUCGGGCUCUGGGAAAAGGGUUGCCCAUACCGCCUUGAGCUGAAGGACAAAGUCCUCAUUGCCUUGUUGGAGCACCUUAAUAUUAGCCACAAUCUGCACUGCUCAAAGGGGGUUACAUAG